UUCGGACAAUCCAUCCAGCGCUCGAGAACCAAUGGAGAAAACUAGACUCCCUCUCCAUCAUUGCCAUGUAAUGAAAACUGACCUGAUAAUAAACAGGCUUUACAUGUUCUUCCUUGGAACUGCUCUGUUGUCAUUGUUCUACUACAGAACCACCACUCUUUCUCAUAUCAUCAAAACCGGGGAAUCUCCCCUUGUCCCUCAUCUUCUUGUCUUCAUCUCUGAGCUUCUGUUCACUUUUAUAUGGGUUUUGCAGCAAGCUUAUCGAUGGAGGCCCGUUACACGAACCGUAUAUCCCGACAGGUUACCAGGAGACGAUAGGUUUCCACCUAUUGAUGUGUUCAUAUGCACAGCUGACCCGAGCAAGGAGCCGUCUCUUGGAGUAAUGAACACUGUUAUAUCAGCUAUGGCCCUGGAUUACCCGCCUGAUAAGCUCGCUGUUUAUCUGUCGGACGAUGGGGGCUCUAACGUGACUUUGCAUGCUGUUCGUGAAGCCUGGAAAUUCUCGAAAUGGUGGCUUCCUUUCUGCAGAAAGUAUGAGCUGAAAACCAGGUGCCCCGGAGCUUAUUUUUCGGCUGAGAGCCGUGAUGACAGGUUCAUUAGCUGCAGCCAGUUCUUGGCUGAGGAGAAGGAAAUUGAGAAAAAGUACAAUGAAUUCAAGGAAAGUCUGGAGAAGAAUAGUGUGAAUGCAAGCAGUUCUGCGAGCAGAGAUCAUGCACCCAUCAUUGAGGUAAUGAACGACGCAGUCGACUCAAGCCAACAAGAGAUGCCUAUUCUUGCUUAUGUUGCUCGGGAGAAAAGGCCAUCUCGUCCACACCAUUUCAAAGCUGGAGCACUUAAUGCUCUUAUCAGAGUAUCUGCAGUGAUCAGCAAUGCUCCAUGCAUCCUUGUGCUGGACUGCGACCAUUUCUGCAAUGAUCCAACAUCUGCCCGCCAAGCGAUGUGCUAUUAUCUUGACCCUGAAAUAUCACCAAAACUAGCUUUCGUUCAGUUCCCUCAGAAGUUCCAUAAUAUAAGUGGGCAUGAUCUCUACGAUGGUCGCCUGAACUUUUAUUGGAGAAGAUGGCUUGGGUUUGAUGGACUUGGAGGGCCAUCUAUAUCUGGUUGCAACUUGUACUUGAAAAGGGAAGCACUCUAUGGGACUAAGAAUAUCAAGAAUGAUAUCGAUCUCAACCAUUUGAAGAAGUCCUUUGGUUCAAGCAACGAGUUAAUCAGAUCAAUUUCCAAGAAUUACGAACCCCAUUUGUCCAAGGACAGAAAACUUACCGAUGCACAGGCCAAAGAGGUCGAGCGUCUAGCCUCAUGCAAUUAUGACGGCCAGUCAGAAUGGGGUAAAGAGGUGGGGUUCAUAUAUUUUUCUGUAGUGGAAGAUGUCAUUACGAGCGAAUUUUUACAGAGUCAGGGGUGGAUUUCUGUGUUUGUUGAUCCUCCCAGGCCAUGUUUCUUGGGCGCAUGUCCUACAAAUCUGAGUGAUACGUUGGUUCAACACGGAAGAUGGGCUCUUGGCCUGAUGCAGAUUUCACUAUCAAAAUAUUGUGCAUUUUUAUAUGGGCGUGGGAGAAUGUCGACUCUUCAGACCAUGUGUUACGCGGCAGGUUCAUUUGACCCUAUCUAUGUCGUCCCGUUUUAUGUCUUAGCUAUCGUUGGCAUUCCUCUCUAUCCAAAGGUCUCGGAUCCCUUCUUCAUCGUCUUCGCCUUUGUUUUUCUCGCAUCACAACUCAAACACGUGCAAGAGGUCAUGUCCUACGGAGACUCCCUCAUGUCGUACCUAUACGAACUCAGGAUGUGGAUGAUGAGGUCGGCCUCAAGUUUCUUGUACGGAAGUUUAGGUGCGAUCUUGGACAAGAUCGGCCUGCACGAAGCACAUUUUACAUUAACAAACAAGGCAGGCGACGACGAACAAGCCAAGCUUUACCAGGAAGGCAUAUAUGAUUUCCAGGCAUCACCUGUGUUGAUUGCUCCAAUUUGCAGCUUGUACAUUCUUAACGUGAUCUCAUUUGUUGUCGGAAUGGGAAGGAUUUUUCGGACUCAAAGCGGCAGUGAAAUGUUGGUACAAGCUUUUAUCCCGUUGUUCGGAGUAAUUGUGAAUUACCAGGUGUUUGAAGGGAUGGUGUUGAGGAAGGAUAGAGGUCGAAUUUCGACAUCAGUUUCUCUUCUGUCUGCUGUGAUAGCGAUAUCUGUCCUGUGCUUUGGAUCUCUUGUUCUCAUUUACUAAGUGAACCGACAUUAAUUGCUUCGUGAUUUUA